UUUGAAGUUAGUGUAUAUAUCUAGCUAUCAUCUGCUAUUAUUAAUUAUAUAGUCAGUGCAACUGCAUGCAUGGUGGAAAAACUGGAUAAAGCUCCUCAACAAUGACUGUCAUUGCUGCAUUUUCCUUGAUUUUUGUAUGCUUGAUUUCAAGCUCUUCCUCACAGCCCCGGUUUGGAAGACCACGUGGCUGCCUUUUAAACAGACUGGAUGUCCUUAAUUGUACAAUUGUGAAUACAGCCCGCACAGAUGUUCCACAACCAAAUCAGUAUGCUAUCUAUACCACAAGAAUACGUGGGAAUCGAAACUCCAGAACUUGUGUGAUUCGAAGCAGAGAUGACAUUGUGCGGCCACUCGAUACAAUAGGAGGAGACCCACGCGUUUACUACCUCUUUUCACCAGGGAGGUCAUUGGCCAACCCAACAAAUUAUGGCAACCAGUUUCUAAUGAAGUAUAGAGUGCAGUGUCCGGAUAAUCAUUUUGCUUUCUUCAAUCUCACAUCUCUGGAAAUUGAGGAGCCGAUAUGCGAGGAUCGUAAUUUCCCUCAGCCAAGGUGCAUCGAUUCCCUCCAAGUGAGCAGAGGUGGAGGAGGGUUUGGCUUUAUUGAAACCUGUGGCACCAACAUUCCCAGUGAACUAGCAUCUUCGCUUGAUUCUGGUACUAUUGAGGUAAUCCUGAGGACCAGUGACAGGGGAAGGUUUCCUGGGUUCUCGGCCACUGUAGUGUGUGUGAGCACUGGCUUACUAGCAAUGACUGGCAAUGAUAACAGUGGAGGACAAGGCUCUAAUUCACGACAAUUGUUUAGUGCCAGAGUUACGCGUCAAGUGGAGUAUGUUAAGCGAAUGAAGAGAAGCACUCUCAGUUUGGAGGAUGCCACAACCCUGGCCUGCAGUGUGGAUGAGGUUAAUGUUCCUUUUAAUGGUGGCAUCACGUACGUCAACAGAGUGGUCACUAUUCUUGACAUGACGAACAUGGCAGUCAUACGCAGGUUGCCAUCACCCAUCAACAAGCUGGUAGUAAUAGAUACCAACGGUACCCAGCUGGAAUUCAUUCGUGAAGCUCCACUGACUAACGAUUCUGUCACAAUCUUCUCAGGACCUGGUCCAUUAACUAGAGCUGGAGUGUUUGUCUUCUUCACAUCAUUUACGACCCUCCCUGAGUUGGGGAACACACCACCGGAGGCUGUAAUCCCUGCUGCUCGCGUGGCGGAUGUCACUGGUAUCCUCCUGGCUGCACAUUCGAGGCUGGCACUUGAGGGUAAUGGUGAGGCCUUAACCCUCGAUGAGUUGGAACCACCCCCCAUUGACUUGGACGGCCUCGGAAUAGAGGACGAUGAUACUGGAGAUAAUGUUACCACAGCCAAUCCUCGGUUUGCAAGACAUACUCCUGAAAGAUCUCGUCGAAUAAGACGUUUAACUGAGAACAUACAGCCUGUGCAAUGCAACUACACUAACAAUGAUGUUGGGCUUGCUGUAUUGAAUCAGAUGACAAUCAACCCCGUCCUGAUCACUAUUAUAGACGUAAUAUUCAACUGCACAGAGAGGGAACAGCCAGGAAGAAUUCAAGAGAUUAUUGAAAGCAUCGCCAUUGACUUUCGAUUCACCCAAGAUGAGUACUUGGUGAGAGAGGAUGUGGGGAAUGUAACAGUUUGUCUGGAAAUAGCCACUGAGGGGUUUUUACCCAGAGAUGUGGUUGUGAGUCUGGUCACAGUAAACGGAAAUGCUACAGAACCUGAGGACUAUAGUUUUGUAAAUACCACCUCGACGUUUUUCAAUGCCACUGCUCAAGGCGGGCCAGGAUCUCUGAUGUGUAUCCAGAUAGAUAUAUUCAAUGACAAUCUGAUAGAGUUUGACGAGAUGUUCGUGGUGACAGCUGACUCACCUGAUACCAAUGUUAACACCACCUUUAUUAUGGCCACUGUCAUCAUCUUGGACGAGGAUGUAAUGUUCCAGAUCACUAAUUCGCCAGGCUCAUUCACAGUCACUGAGACUGCUAGUACGCUCGCUGAAUCCAUUGUUGUGUCACUGCUUGUGGGAACUCUACCCUUUCCAGUGGAGAUUGUUCUUAAUGACAUUGGAACAGCCAAAAGGAGUGAUGGAGAUUUUACCGCUCCGCUCGUCCUAACGUUUGAUACUGGUUCUGGUCCUGGCGUCUCCUCUUCUGCUCAAGUAACCAUUCUGCGGGACCUACUGGUGGAGGAGGAGAAUGAGACUCUGAUAUUGCAGCUGACCACAAUGCCUCUGGCUCGUUUGGCAUUCCCUGUGGGAGAAGACUUAGUAGAGGGAACUAUUAUGGAUGUCGAUGUGCCUAUUUUUCAGUUGGUGGCUGAGACCAACUUCACCGAAGAAAGUAAUACAAUUGUGCAGCUGUGUGUUGAGCUCGUCCAAUCAACGCUCACGUUUCCAAUUGAUGUACUCGUUCAAGAUGGAACACAGAUGGCAACUUUGUUUGGAAUAUUCUUUCCUGACAACAGACUUGCUACCAUUGGGGAAGACUACCUGAGCUUUGGAACCACAUUGACCUUUGAGGCUGGUUCUGGACCAGGCACCAAGUUCUUUGUAAAUGUCUCUAUACUUCAAGAUGUACCCAUUGAGAUUGAUGAGGUAAUUAUUGUGGUUGCUUCUAUACUCUCAACUCGAGGAGAGUUUUCAUCUGGGGGAGACACUGAUGUCACAACUAUCACUAUUAUUGACAACGAGGCUGAAACGGUGGUGUGUCUCGAACUCACUGAGCCUGAAAACGGAACGAUCACAUAUUCCAUUAACCAACCACCCCCUUUCCCGCUUGGCACUGAGGCUAAGUACACUUGCAACCUUGGCCUAGGACUGGAAGGAGGUGAUGUUCUGAGGGUGUGUCUCGGCGAUGUAGUCAACACUGUAGGACAGUGGAAUGGUGCUGCACCUCAGUGCAAUGCUAUAAGAUGCCCAGCACUAGAAGCGCCGGACAAUGGAAUUGUUGAAUACAGUAUACCGGAAGUUUUACUAGAUCUAUUCAGUUUCGGAACAGAGGCAAACUUCAUCUGCUCAUUUGGGUUUGCUCUCAUUGGUGAACCUGUCAGUGUGUGUGUUGGCAAUGGCAGCAGCUCCAUGGGAGUGUUUGAUACAUAUGUACCAGCUUGCCAACCUAUUACCUGUGAGACUCUUUCAGCACCCGAGAAUGGAACGGUGUCCUACAGCACAGAUAAUAACAAUAUAGGUGCCUUUAGUUUUGGAACAGAGGCUUAUUUCAGCUGUGACGUAGGGUUCUCUCUGGUUGGUAAUGAGACAAGGACUUGUGGCGAUGGCAAUAUGACAGUGGGGGAAUUCAAUGGAACAACACCAGCUUGUGAAGCCCUAGGUAGCAUCAAUGGAGGUGCUGCUGCAGAUGUGGUCAUGUUUCGUGAGGAUGCUGGCAAUGUGACUGUCACGUUUCAGCUGGUUGGUGAUGUUGCGGAUCGAGCUUUUGUCGCUGAUGUACAAAACAUUAAUACCACAAGUGGUGUGGACUACUCAUUCGGAGAUCCUACAUCUAGCGUCUCUAGUAACAAUACCAGAGCACUAGUGAGUGUUCCCAUUGAGAUCUUUGAAGAUGUUGUUGCUGAAUUUGAUGAAGUUUUUAUGCUCACCAUUUCGUCUGGCUUGUUCAAUACCAGCAUUACUGUCAUCAUUCUGGACAAUGAUGUGUUCAUCGUGUUUCCAUUUUGAGUACCUGUACUCGAUGUCUUUGAAAACUUCAACACAAACAUCAAUUUUAUUGACCUUCAAACAUUCAAUCAAUUUCCUUUUAUUCUCACUAUAUACUUCACCAAUAACGGCUCUGCUAUAGAGAAUGAAGACUUUAGCAUACACCCAGUAUUCCUGUACCCUAGCACUUCUCAGGAGGGAUCGAGGAACACCACUCAGCUAAUUAUUCUGAAUGAUGAUAUGGUUGAGAUGAACGAGACUAUCCUUCUGUGGCCACACUCC